UUUCACUCGGGGUGUCUCCUCAGAGUCGGAGCCACAUCCCGAUCCCUGCCCAGGCCGAGCCGGAGCUGCAUCCCCAGCGCCGCGGUGCCCUCAGUCAGUUCCCCCGCCCUCCUCAGCCUCGGUGCCUUGGAAUUUGUGUCGCUGAGUCAGCAAGCCUUUCAGAUUCGCCCGGUUUUUGUUGUUUGCAUUUUAUAUCAAGAUGGGAACUUAAACAAGUCAUUCCUCCUAAGGAUCUGGUGUCUCCAUCAAGAAGGGGCAGUUUAUGCCAGCUCUCCAGAGGGAAAAGGUCUGCUGGAGGUGCUGGGCAAUGAACCUGAGACUGCAGCCCAGAGUGGUCUGAAGCCAUUUGGGAAAGCAGAAAGAAUCCUGGGGAAGAUGGCCAUGGCUCCAAGCCCUUCCCUGGCACAGGUGUACACCAGCCCUGUGGCAGUGGCUGUGUGGGAAUGGCAGGACGGGCUGGGAACCUGGCAUCCCUACAGUGCCACUGUCUGCAGCUACAUCGAACAGCAGUUUGUCCAGCAGAAGGGCCAGCGCUUUGGGCUAGGGAGCUUGGCCCACAGUAUCCCCUUAGGCCAGGCUGACCCUUCAUUGGCCCCUUACAUCAUCGACCUCCCCAGCUGGACCCAGUUCCGCCAGGACACUGGUACCAUGCGAGCUGUGAGGAGGCAUCUGUUCCCCCAGCAUUCAGCCCCGGGCCGGGGCAUUGUCUGGGAGUGGCUGAGUGAUGAUGGCUCCUGGACAGCCUAUGAAGCCAGCGUCUGUGACUAUCUGGAGCAGCAGGUGGCCAGGGGCAACCAGCUUGUGGACUUGGCUCCCCUGGGGUACAACUACACAGUCAACUACACCACCCACACACAAAUCAACAAGACUUCCAGCUUCUGUCGUAGUGUGCGGCGCCAAGCAGGGCCCCCUUAUCCCGUGACCACCAUCAUUGCUCCACCAGGCCACACUGGAAUCGCCUGCUCUUGCCACCAGUGCCUCAACGGCAGCGGAACUGGCCCUGUGUCAGGCCGCUACCGCCACUCCAUGACCAACCUCCCUGCAUACCCUGUCCCUCAGCCCCCCCACAGGACCGCCGUUGUCUUUGGGGCCCACCAGGCCUUUGCGCCAUACAACAAACCCUCGCUCUCUGGGGCUAGGUCUGCACCCAGGCUGAACACCACCAACCCCUGGGGUGGGGCACCUCCCACCCUGGGGAACCAGGCCCUCUACCGAUCCAGCCUCUCUCACCUGGGACCACAGCACCUGCCCCCAGGAUCAUCCACCUCCAGUGGAGCAAGUGCCUCCCUCCCCAGCGGUCCCUCAAGCAGCCCUGGGAGUGUCCCUGCCACUGUGCCCGUGCAGAUGCCAAAGCCCAGCAGGGUCCAGCAAGCACUCGCAGGCAUGACGAGUAUUCUGAUGUCAGCCAUUGGACUCCCUGUGUGUCUUAGCCGCGCACCCCAGCCCGCCAGCCCUCCCGCCUCCUGUCUGGCCUCUAAAAGUCACAGCUCAGUUAAGAGAUUGAGGAAAAUGUCCGUGAAAGGAGGGACUCCAAAGCCAGAGCCAGAGCAGGUGAUAAAAAACUACACUGAAGAGCUGAAAACACCCCCGGAUGAGGACUGCAUCAUCUGUAUGGAGAAACUGUCCAUGAUGUCUGGGUACAGCGACGUGACUGACAGUAGGACCAUCGGGCCCGUGGCUGUGGGCCGCCUCACCAAGUGCAGCCAUGCCUUCCACCUGCUGUGCCUGCUGGCCAUGUACUGCAAUGGGAACAAGGAUGGAAGUAUGCAGUGUCCUUCCUGCAAAACCAUCUACGGAGAGAAAACAGGGACCCAGCCCCAGGGGAAGAUGGAGGUGUUCAGGUUCCAGAUGUCACUCCCCGGCCAUGAAGACUGCGGGACGAUACUGAUAGUUUACAGCAUUCCUCACGGCAUCCAGGGCCCUGAGCACCCCAACCCUGGGAAGCCAUUCACCGCCAGAGGGUUCCCCCGCCAGUGCUACCUUCCAGACAACGCCCAGGGCCGCAAGGUCCUGGAGCUCCUGAAGGUGGCCUGGAAGAGGCGACUUAUCUUCACAGUUGGGACCUCCAGCACCACGGGUGAGACUGACACUGUGGUGUGGAAUGAGAUCCACCACAAGACAGAGAUGGACCGCAAUGUGACUGGCCACGGCUACCCUGACCCCAACUACCUGCAGAAUGUGCUGGCUGAGCUGGCUGCCCAGGGGGUGACAGAGGAUUGCCUGGAGCAGCAGUGACCUGCCAGCCUCGCCACACUUGCCUCUGCAGCCACCUCAUUCCCCCAUCGCUGGCAGGGGUACCACUGGGGUGGUCAGGCAGGCAAGAAGGUGCCUUUCCGGAGAGGCUGGGGUGUUUGUCAGUGCAUUCCACCAGAGGCUGGGGCUUCUCCUGCCUGCCUUUCCCUGCUUCCUCCUCCCCUCCAGGCAUGGAUAUGCCUGGGAGUUGGGCAACCCUGGGGAGUUGUACCUGUGGGGGCUUACGAUGCAGCUACCUCAGUGCACGGGGCCCUUCUGUCCUCCACAGGGCUGCUUUGGGCCCUCAGUGUCCAGGGCCUGGUGUGGGGUGAGUGAAGACUGCUCCACCCCAGCCAGGGCAGCCGUGGGCUCUGGGUCAGCUUCUCAUACCUCAGAUUUUGUUUGCAAUAAAUGCUCUACAGCCAAAGUCAGCAGGCCCUGGCGUGUUUGCGGUGAGGGAGGGACACGUGUGCGUGUGGAGGCGGCACACAUGUCCUGCUGCAUCAGAGCAGAAAGGGAUCCUAUGUGCUGCACAUUCAGCCCCCACUUGGUAAAGGAAGAACCAGGCUGAGGUGAUGGCCGGGAGCCCACAGUGCUUCCCAAUGCUGCUGCCUAGUCCUUGCAGUGCUCAGUCCACCAGCUCUGUGCCGGAGCCUGUCAGUCCAGAGCAGCCCCUUACAUUGAUUUCCCCAGGGUUCUGGUUUACCAGACGGUGUCCACGUAGUGCGAGUGCUGCUGUCUCCAUUUUACAGAUGAGGAAAGUGAGGCUCAAAGGUGCAGUGACUGGCUCUAGGCCCUAGGCUGGUUAGGUGAUAGGGCUGGGGCUGCAGUCCAGCUAGGGUUGGUCUGUGCCAUCCUCAAAGUUCCAAUUCUUCUUGGCCUUCUUCAAAAGAGGAUCGAAUACCCUCGUCAAGACCUUGCUGCCUGCCUGGCAGAAGUUCUGGCCUGCGGCAGGAGGGACAAGCAGGGCCAUAUUAUCACUGUUAUGGGCCAGAGGCACUUUUAUCUUUGUGAGCCCCUUUCUCUGUUAAAAAAAAAUUCUAUUUUGCAACACGUUGGUAAAAAAAUAAAUACAUUAUUUUCUUCCAUCAAAAA